AUGUCCGACCUCAAAUCCUCUGCCUUUAUCGCCGACCUUGGCUCCUCCUUUGCAAGCUACUCCGACGCCGAGAAGAAGAAUCAGAUCAAAAAGACCAAUGGCGUAUUUGAGCUGCAAGUGACGAACGGCGAGGGCAAGAAGGCAGUCUGGACCAUCGACUUGAAGAACAAGGGCGAGGUUACAACGGGACCGCCUCCAACGAAGGCCGAUAUUAUCAUCACCGUUUCGGAUGAUACUUUGGCGGAUCUGGCAUCUGGAAAGCUUAAUGGCCAAAAGGCGUUCAUGACUGGAAAACUCAAGACAAAGGGAAACAUUAUGCUUGCAACCAAACUUGACGCUGUACUCAAGGGUGCCAAAGCUAAGCUAUAG